AUGUAUAUAGUACACAUGUCUACAUGUAUUAUUGUGUAUCGAAUCGCAUUGCGUCCGUGUUUGAAGUUUAAUCUUAAACCGCUUGAGCUGUUGAGCAGGGCACCUGGACGGCUUGGACGGUGCAGCGCGGUGGCUGGACGCAAACGCGAGUCACGAGCGCAGCAGAGGGCACUGGCCAGUGGGGUCAUGCUGGGUGCAGACUGUGCUCCGUAGCAGGAAUAGCCGGCUAGCCGCCCGCUGAUGCUCGUCGUAUAUAUGUAGCGGGAUGAGGCCCUUGGUUCUCCUUCUCUUCGUCUCGUCUUUCAAGUACUAGUACAAGCAGCAGCAGCAGCAGCAGCGCCUUGUCUGCUGCAGCUUGUUCACACUCCACAGUACUGCAGAGAGAGAGAGAGAGAGAGAGAGAGAGAGAGAGAUCAAAAAAGUGCUCGCGGAAGGAGCUCUUCUUCUUCUUCUUCUUCCGUCGCAAGAAGGAGAAAGAAUGGAGUCCUCUCCAUAGCCUGCCUCCUCUCUCCAGUGUAGAAUACUACUACAAUACAAUACAAUACUGCUGAGCCGCUGUGUGGCUUGUGUCAGGUGGCAUCGUCCGUGGGUCGCCGUCCGCUGGCCACCUGCUGUCGCUGACAGACACUGGGCAGCAGGCGUCGCAGUCGCAGGAAUCGAAUCCGCCGCGUCACCACCGUCUCAUGGAGUCGGAGGAGGCGGACUCGUCGUCGGCGCCGGCGCGUGUGGGUAGCGUGAGCUGCCGCUCGCCCACGUGCCCGCCUUGGCUCCAAGCGGCCAUUGCAGACAUCGAGCAGCGGGUGCGCGCGCUGGCCGUGGACGAGGCGCCGCCCACGGAGCACUCCUUCGCCGAGCGCGCCGAGAACUACUACCACAAGCGGCCGCAGCUGCUGUCCCUCCUCAGCGACCUCCACCGCCGCUACCUCUGCCUCGCCGACCGCUACUCCCAGUCGCUGUCCACCAUCCACCACAAGCACCCCACCUCGCUGCCGGCACCCGCCGUCUCCGACUGCGGCUCCUCGGACGUCGACGACCGCUGCUCCGACGCCGACAGCUCGCUCUCCUACCAGCACCCUCCGGGUGCCGGGGUCAGCAGCAGCACCACAGCCGAGGCCGAGCUGGUGGUGGCGGAGCUGGUGGCCGCGUGGGUGGAGCGCGACGUGCUGGCGGACGAGGCGGCGCGGCGCGCGGCGGAGUCGGCGCGCAAGAUCGAGCUGCAGGGGAGUCUGGUGGAGGUGCUGGAGUCGGAGCGUCUGGUGCUGCUGGGCGAGAACGCGCGCCUGGGCUUCCGCGCGUCAGCGGCCGAGGACGAGGCCGCGGCGGCGGCCGCCGAGCUGGGAUACGCGCGCCGCCGCGCCGCGGAGAUGGCCCGCCUCGUUGUGAAGCUCCGCGAGGACCACCGCGUGUGCAUGCUGGGGCGCAAGGCCGAGGCGCUGCAGGCGCAGGUGUACGCGCUGGAGCUCCGCAACCGCGAGUGCUACGAGGCCAUGGCGGCGUGGGAGGCCGAGCGCAGAGUGGCGGGCGCCGAGAUCCAGAGGCUCCGCGCUGAGAACCGCCGCCUGGCCGACGAGGCUGCCGCGGCCGCGGUGAUGGCGAGGAGGAGGAAGCGCAAGGGGAGUGGCGGGUGGUGGGCCAGGGUCAGGAUGGCCGCCGAGUGGACGCCGUGCGCGCCUGCCACGACGGUCGCGGUGAGGAAGGUCGGCGAGCAGGUGAAGGGGAAGGAUGACGGCAAGUACUACUACGGCGGUGGAUGCUUCUGCGUCUAGUCUAGACUGGAGACGAGAUUUUUGGCGCGGCGUCGAUCUAGAGCAGUAGCAGUAGCAGCUCUCCUCCUUUUGUUACUGGUAAUCUGGUAAUUAUAAUAUAAUUAUUACGAGUAAAGUCAGAACUUGGCAAGUGAAGGUGAACGCUGGUGGUUGUUAAAAUAUACUUAUAUUACUACCUUCGGCGUUAUUGCAAUUCUAGUUUAGUUCUUCAUUUGCUUGUACAUUCAGGUUCAGGUCACGGCGAGACGUAGCCACCUUUCAAAAA